CUUUUCUUGCUAGCAUAUAUCGAAAAUAUUGAAGCAAAGCUGUUUAGCAUUAUGGAUGAGAAUACCAAUUUGGAAGAGCAGCGCGAACGCAUUGAGAACGCAUUGAUCAGUGCAGUCGACGACAUCGAUCGCGAGCAUUUGCGCAAACUGCAGCUGACGAUGCACGGCUGUGCGAAACGUUGUUGCGCCGACACGAAUGCCAGCGCCGAGGCCGUGCAACGUUGCGUCGAUCGUUGCCAGUUGCCGCUGACACGCGCUCGCUGCUAUGUGCAACAGGAGCUGGCCGAAUUCGAGACGCAGCUGGAGAAUUGCAUGCGUCAGUGCCAAGUGCCGAACGACGACGAUGCAGGCGGAAGAUCCGAGCGAUGUUCAGUCGAGUGUGUGGACAAAUAUGUGACGCUUUUGCCGGAAUUGUUGAGCACCAUGCGAAUGGCGCUUGACAAGGGAUUGUAGGGGAGUGUAAGAGGAAGAAGAAGAGGGAGAGGGGAAAAGGGAGAAAUAGGUGGGGGAAAGAGAGAGGGUAGAGAGACGAAGGGAUGGGCAGAAAGUAAGAAAGAGAGAGAGAGAGAGAGAAAGAGAGAGAGAGAGAGAAAAAGAGAGAGAGAAAGAGAAAGAGAGAGAAAGAAAAAGAGAGAGAAAGAGAUAACGAGAGAGAGAUACAGAGAGAGAGAGAGAGAGAAAGAGAAAUAGAUAAAGAGAGGAAGAGAUAAAGAGAUAGAGAGAGAGAGAGAGAGAGAAAGAGAGAGGGAGAUAGAUAAAGAGAGAGAAAGAAAGAUACAAGAGAUAGAGAGAGAGAAAUAGAGAGAGAGAGAGAAAGAGAGAUAAAGAGAUAUAGAGAGAAAGAGAGAUAGAGAAAGAGGGAGAGAUAAAUAGAGAGAGGAAAAGAGAGGAAGAGAGAGACAGAAAGAAAGAUAAAUAGAGAGAGAAAGACAAAUUGAGAAAAAAAAGAAACAGAGAAAGAGAGAGAAAGUGAGAAAAAAGAGAGAGUAAGAGAGAGAAAGAGAGAGAGAAACAGAGAGAGAGAGAAAGAGAGAGAGAGAAACGGAGAGAGACAGAUUGAAAAAGAUAGGUGAACUAAGAUAUAGAGACUUGAGAAAGAGAAAGAGAAAGAUGGAGAAAAAAGAAACAGGCUGACAGAUAAAUAGAGGCAGAUGGAGAAAUUUAAAUAGAAAAAAAAUAUAAAGACAGACAGAUAGAUAACAAUAAGCAGAAUAGAAAAUUUACUGAGAAAGAGAUAGUCUAACUUAUAGAAAAAGAGAUAGCAAAACUAACCGACUGCGAUAGAGACAGAUGAAGACGCAAAGACAGACUGGUGAAAAGAAAGUUAGACAGAAAGAGGAAGUCAAGCAGCGAAAAGGUGGGCAAAGAAAGAUAUACAGACAGAGUGAAAUAUAGAUUAACCGACAUUAAUGGAAAUAGAUAAUCGAAAGAAGCAAGGCUGAAAGACAGAGAAAGGGAUAAACAAACGUACCAGACAGACGGAGUCCGACAGAGAGAGAAAUCAAUAGAUUUACAGACAGAUUGAGAAAAUGACAGACAUAGACAUUGUAUAUAAAUAGAGACAGUCGGGACGCAGACAGAUAAACUGUGACAGACAGUCAUAAAGAGUUACACGAAUUACACGAAUAUGAUGAAUUGUGCAAGAGAUAGCGAAUUAGUUAAUUAAAAUAGCUGCAAAUGAAUCAGUGCUUAUCAGUGACACGUUCACACGUUCUUCGGCGUUUUUGUAUAAAUAGCAAGCAGCCUGCCCCAAAACAGCAGUCGUGAAAAUAUCAAAACAAAACGAAAUGCGUUGUCCACUCUCAUUGCUGUCGCUGCUGCUGCUGCUGUUAUUGUUCUCCUCUGGCGUGUUCAGUGAAGACCUAACACCAGAGGAAAAAAAACUAGAAGAGUCGAUCAAAAAGGUGUUGGAAAAGCAAGGAUUGCUGGAAGAGAAUCUUUCCAAAACUGUGGUGACGGCACUGAGCAAGGAUCCGGUGCAGUUGCGUCGCUUGGAUGAAUUGAUAAACAAUGCGGCGCUUCAGUAAUACAAAUUAAGUUUGUAUACAUAUAUGUUAUGUAUGGACGUGUAUGUGUUGAAGAAAUGCAAUAAAUGAGCUUGCUAUAAAGUUUAUGGCAAGCCAGCAACAACAAGUA